GUCUGCGAAAAACUAGAAGACGGACAAUGGAUUUCUGGCAGAGACGAGGAGGGACCCUAUAUAAAACGCGGAGAUCAAUGGAUCGGUUACGAGGAUCCUCUGGCGGUGAAAAUCAAAGUGGCUUAUGUUCGAUCGACCGGGCUAGGCGGAGUUUCUUUGUGGUCGAUGGAUUUGGAUGAUUUCCAGGGUAUUUGUGGAAAUCCUUGGCCCAUGCUAAACGCUGCAACCGAAUCGAUAGGACUACACGACGAAGAGGAGGUGAAGAAAUGUUCUACCGAGGGUGUCUAUAGCGAUCCUGACAACUGCUCUGGAUUCUACGCUUGCCAUGAAGGUACACAGUACCAUGGCCACUGCGGUUAUGGAAGAUUCUUCAAUACCGUCGAUGGACGUUGCGUGAAAGCGUCCCCAGAAGUUUGCAAACCGGGACAGAGUAAUCGGAUUCAGAGUCUCCAGAUGGACUCACGAGAGACAGAAGAAUCACAGCAUUUAGAAAUCUCCACGAAUAAAGAUCCACGAGUAGUUUGCUACGUGACCUCGUGGUCUUUGUACCGCAAAGGAGACGGAAUGUUCGUUCCUGAACGUUUGGAAUCGCGUUUAUGUACCGACGUUGUUUACGCCUUUGCUGGGCUGAAUCCGGACACGUUGCUGAUUCAACCGUUCGACCCCUGGGCAGACAUAGAACACG